UGUUAUUGGGGAAAGAGGAAGACCUUGAAUCUAUUCACUCUCACUGGAUUUUCCUAUAUCAAUUUCUUUCUCAAUCUACAUACUCCUACUUCAAUUUCAAUCCCAAAACAAAAACUCCAUCAACUUGUCUCUUCACAUUUCUGAAUACUUCUGGUGUUUGCAAUCAAAGACAACUGCAACCUUUUCACGAAGCUUCUUUAACGAGAAGUGCACGAAGCUGCUCAUCCGUCUACAGAUUGACGCUGGGCUGAAUCUAAUUAGGAUAUCUCACAGAAUAUAGAUCGAUUCAUCAUGGCUGAAGCCGAAAAUUUCGAGGAAGAUCUCUUCGCUGAUUUGUAUGUCCCAUCCAUCUUAGAGUUUGCGAUGCCUUCCCAUUAUUUACUUUGGCGGUCGCACAUUUAUGAACGCACCGCAGAACCUCGAGCUGAUACAUUGCCUUAAGGUAUACCGAAGACGACAACGCCGCAAAUCCAGCAGAGGCAGUACCCGAACCUACUGCCCAGCCUUCAGCCCCUGCUACAGAAGUAAGAGCUGAAGUGAAAGCCGAACAAGACAUUGAGCAAAAUCCACAAAAUGGUGAUAGAGAUGGAGAUCAACAAAUGUAUAACGGUGACCAAGACAUGGAUGAUGAAAUAGAUUUCAAUUUGGGAAGCGGGAAUGAUAAUGGGAAUGGCACUGGUUAUGAUGCUCCUCCAACUAGAGAUGAAGCACAGGGACCGGGUAUCAAGGAAGAUGGGUAAGAUUGCAGAAUUUUUCUUUAGCACUUCACCAGUUACUAUAUUUCAAACCUGCAACAUGACUGUAGAUACCCUUGAGCUUUGGGCUCAAUUCACAUCAAGGCAUGAGAUGAAGACCAUGGAUAUGAUAAAACUAGGUCUUUGUGGAUGGAGGCAGGAGGUAAAGACAACAAUACUGGAGUUAGGCUCAGGCAUGGGGUCAAUUGAGCUGAUAUGGGCGAAAUAAAAAAUGGGAGCUUUUGGGGGUGUAGGGUAUUAUGUUAUGGGUAUUGAGCGGACGAUCCAAUGUUAUAUCCUGCUUUGGGGCUGGGCAUAUACUUUGGGCUUGGUUUCCGACUACGGGAACGUGGAUAGGGAAUGGCGGUGGAACAAGCUCAGAGUCAUUUGAUUUGAGGUAAUGGGGUAUAAACCUCAUGCAUUCGCCACCCACAACAGCAAUAGUCAAACCUGCUGCUACUACUACUACAUAGCCUAUUGUCGAGAUAAUCUUCAUAGAGCCACAGACACAGAUAGGCCAUAGCCCAUAGCUUCGACGCCAGUACCUAGCAUCACGAUAGCAAAAGACACGAUUGUUUUUGGAUAUCUUAUGGUGCCAUCUGUUCUAUCGUUAUUGCAUGAUUCGCAGGCAAUCGCUUCGAUGGUAAUUCGUCUGGGCGUGUGCCUGGCAUUGACAUACUGCUGGAUUUACCGAAAGCUUCAUCAAAUGCCAAAUGUGGCCCAUUUAGAAUCCCAACCCACUUUUGCUCUUUCGCUCGCAGCCCAGUUAGAUUAUAUCUUCAACGAAAUGGAGGAAUGGACAUCAUCUCACUACUCCAGACAUAGAAACGGACCCUGGGAAAAAGCAUUGAUUCAAUCUUUGAGAAUUUCCAACACGGGAUGACUUCAUUGCCUGUUCUCUUGUCACAAUAGUAAUUGAUAAAAAUGGGCAACAUGCUAAUUCUUCUUGCGCAGUAAAAUGUUCAUUGGCGGGUUGAAUUGGGAGACUACAGAUCGUAAGAUGGCUGAAAACCAAUGUUAGGUUCAACUCCUGUAUGGCCACUAACUCUUAAAUUCUAGAAUCAUUGAAAGAGUAUUUCUCACAAUUCGGUGAGGUACUUGAAUGUACUGUUAUGAGAGAUGGUGCAUCUGGUCGAUCUAGAGGAUUUGGAUUCUUGACAUUCAAAGAUGCCCGGACUGUCAAUAUUGUCAUGGUUAAGGAACAUUACCUUGACGGCAAAAUAGUAAGACCCGAUCUCAAAACUUUCAAUAAUUCUUUACGCUCUUAUCCUUCCAAAUUUCACUAUUUAGCCUCAAAAAACAAAAGCUCACAUUCAACUUUCAAGAUCGAUCCCAAACGCGCUAUUCCAAGAGACGAGCAAGAACGUACAAGCAAGAUCUUCGUAGGUGGUGUCAGUCAAGAUGCUUCCGAGCAAGAUUUCAAAGAGUACUUCAUGCAAUUCGGACGGGUUGUUGAUGCCACUCUGAUGAUGGACAAAGAUACCGGUAGGCCGCGAGGAUUUGGAUUCGUCACAUUCGAUAGUGAAGCCGCUGUUGAAGCAUGCCUGGAAGGCCCACUUGAAAUUCAUGGGAAGCCUAUCGAGGUCAAGAAGGCACAGCCCCGAGGCAACAUACGGGAGGAGGAAGAAGUCAGAGGUCCACGAGGCGGUCGAUUUAAAAAAGGGGGAAACGCCGGUGAUGACUUUCAAAAUUCUAAUCAACAGCAACAAGGUGGUCAAAUGAAUGCUCCAGGCGGUAUGACUCCUCAGUUAAUGGCCCAGUACUGGCAGCGCAUGCAGCAAUAUUUUGCACUAAUGCAGCAACAAAUGGCCAUGGGUGGAGGCCGAGGACAAAUGCCAGGCGGAAUGCCCGGUGGUAUGAAUCCUGCUAUGAUGGCCCAAAUGGCUCAGAUGCAGCAAAUGCAACAAAUGCAGCAGCAAAUGCAAGGUGGAGGGGGGGCCGAUGCACGUAGUCAAAGCCCUCAAAGUCCAUCGGCUGGAAUGGCAGCAAUGGCCGGAAUGAAUCCAGCUAUGAUGCAACAAAUGCAGCAAAUGCAACAAAUGCAAAUGCAGCAGGCAAUGGGUGGACAAGCAGGUAAUUUCGCGGCUGGUGGUGGUAGUAACCCCGGUGGUCGAAUGGGCACACCCGGUUAUAAUGCAUAUGAACAAGGACUCUUCGAGCAACAAAAGUAUGAACAACAGCAGAUGAGACGAGCUCAGCGCGAGCAAUACGGCGCUGGUGGCGGCGGAUAUGGAAUGGGUGGAGGUGGAGGCGGGCCGACAUCUUGGGAGGGUAUGUACGAUGAUGUUCCUCAGCCAGGUAGUAGCAGUGGUGGCGGUGGUGGUGGUGGUGGUCGUGGUGGAUUUGGUGGUGGGAGAGGAGGUCGUGGAGGCGGGGCUGGAGGAAGUGACCGAGGCUCUGCUCCACCAGCCGUUGCGCCUAAUGCGCCUGCUGGUGCGCCAACGGGUCCAAAGAAUGCUGGAAAGCCUGGUGCGAACUAUAGAGGAGGUGGAAGGGGUGGUAGCAGAGGUUUCCAUCCUUAUGCUAGGGGAUAAACGGUUGUUUUUUUUCCUUGCUCCCUCAAAUGUGGCUGGACAGCGGUGUUUCCCGGGUAAAAUGCCAAUCUAUCUAUAUUCGAGUCACCGUCACAGAUGAGCUGGGACCCGCCGAUGCAGUUAUAUCCUUUCUAUUUUUCAGAAUCACACAUUCGCAUAGCCUUCAGCUGCUUUCGGCGACUGCUCUCAUUUAAAUUUUUCUUUUGGUUUUUCUUUUUGUCAACUGGAGCUGCGGUGUGAAAUUGCAAAAAGAUCCAUGGAUUUUUCAGAUUCCAGUAAUCAUUUCACUUGCAAAACCAUUAGCAUUGAAAAAAAAUUGAGGUGGGACUAGUAUUCCGACAUGAACUCUACGUACCUGUAUAUUAAAAAUAAGCAAAUCAAUUAAUGGGAAUGGAAAAGAGUUACUAC